GAACAGUACAAAGACGAAUUGUUUAAAUUUUCUAGCAUUUAUUUUCUUUUUUAUUCUGUAGCUACAUUAAGCCUUCAUAUAUAUAUUUGGAAGAACCAAUACAACUCAUAACACUUGAAAAACGAAGCAUUACAAUGCGGACCUUCCGGGCAUGCUCGGACAUGUUGGCUAAUAUUUUAUUUGUUCAGUGACUUUAUAAAGCUCUAUAAGAUCAACCAAAGACGUUGACAGUUUGUGAGAAAAGUAUUUACCUUGCUCGGAUUACACAUUUAUUAUCUAGUCUUAAAUCUCAAAAAUGUGAUUAAAAAUACAAAAAGUGCCCCAUCGUCUUUUCAAUGAAAAUGUUUAUAGUGGGAUUCAGUUUCAAAAGCUAUUACCAACGCUGAUAUAAAAAGUAGUUUAAAAAAAAUAUUUUGUGAGAUAAAGGAGAAAGCAACAUGGAAGCAUAUUUUGGAUUAUUCUUAGCCUCAGUUUUUGUUUUGUACGUUUUCGCAAGUCCUGUACUCGGAACAGGCUCGAGCACGGCACCAACGGUCACGCCGUUGUCCGAAAUAACAGGUGCACAGUUUUCCGUUGGACCAUUUCUAAAAGUGAUUCCUGUACGGGUCAGGUCCAACAAAGGUGAUCCGCUCUUGGCGUUUUAUAUGAUCAAUUCUUCCUUACAACCAAAAAUUGAAGUUCUGAUGGACAGUGAAAUUACAACAUCGUUUGAUUUUUCCAUCAUAUGCAUUAACAGGAAUAUUUCUAUGCUGCUGAAGGUGUCUGCGUACCAUGAAGACAAUCUCCAAGUUAAUGGCCAACGUUUGUUCCCAAUUUCUUGUGAAGACGCCGUAGAGAAAAACUUACGUGACGUAUAUUCCACGCCGUCACCGUUAACUGGUAACACAACAAUUCCGGAUUGGAAAAUUUUCGUUGCUCAGGGUCAAGUUAAUGUUAAGUUACGUAGUGGUAUUAUAGGUCAAGGGACCGUAGAAUUUUCUCUUCUGACAGUCAGCAAAGACCCCAAGCACCAAAAAUCAUACAGCGAUAUUGAUGACCUGGUUUCGAAAAACGAAACAAACGCUACAUUUGUAAUCGUAGAUCCUGUGCAGUCUGGGAAUACGUUAACGUAUAAAAUCAACGUUAUACGUAAGGUACGACUGGUAGAUAGAUUGUUCCGCGUAGCAAUUUACGGUGUCCAGAUCUUUACCGCGACAGGGUUCGGUUGUAAGCUAGACCUCGGCGUGGUCAAGGAAAACCUAUGGCGCCCUGUGGCCCCAGGAAUUGGACUAGCAUGCCAAUAUAUACUCAUGCCACUGAUUGCAUUUGCAAUAGCGAAGGCCGUCCGAAUAGACAUUGCAGCCGUGUCAUUGGGGAUAUUUGUUGCAGGAUGUUGUCCCGGGGGCGGGGCAAGCAACAUGUAUUCAUAUCUUCUAAAGGGAGAUCUAUCUCUAUCCAUCACCAUGACAGCACUGAGUACAGUCUUGGCUUUAGCGAUGCUGCCACUUUGGAUCUACACACUGGGAACAACCUUCUCCGAAGCUGGUGGUUUAAGCAUACCGUUUGAGAUGGUAGCAGUAUCAUUAUCUAUCCUCAUCACACCACUCGUAGUCGGACUGUUUCUGCGACAGAAAUUCCCAAAAGUUGCAGACAAAAUCCAGAGAGUCUUGAAGCCUGUUACUGUUAUAAUGAUCAUCAUUUUACUAGCAGUUGGAGUGUAUUCAAACUUGUAUAUUUUCCGUUUGUUUAAGCCAAAUGUGAUUCUGGCAGGGUGUUUGUUGCCCUAUAUAGGUUACGUAAGUGGUGGGCUGGUAGCUACCAUUUUUCGGCAACCAUGGAAAUGUAUAAAAACUAUUAUACUCGAAACUGGAAUGCAGAACACGAGCAUUGCCUACAUUCUGCUCAUAAAUUCGUUCCCAGCCCCGACAGGUGACAUCGCCGCAGUAGCACCAGUGGCGUCUGCAGUCAUGACACCGCUUCCUCCAUUUAUAAUAACAAUUUUCUAUUUGCUCUAUCACAAGUUUUGCAAUAAGAAUAAAGGAGAAGAGGAUGAGGAAAAGGCAAACAAAAAUGGCACUACAGUUCAAGAUGAGGCUGAUGUGAAACUCACAUCGGAAACUCAAACGGAAGCAGACGACAAAUCGUUCCCCAGUGAAAAAGUUGCAUUAGCCACUGUGUAGAUUAAAGAUAAACUUGUAUUAGAUGCCAUAUAUGUGUUCCAAAUGUAUGACAUUAUAAACUCAUGAAUUUGCAAAUUUUAACUGCUAAUUAAUGAAACGCAGUAAGUUGAAGAGAUUUCACGUUAGAGAUAUUUUUUCUAUUUUACUCCACACACAUAGAAAAUGCGUGUUUAUAGUGAAACCUACUGUAACUUUAAGUAUGUAAGUAUGAUAAGGCACAAUAAUUAACAGGCCAGUUGUGGAAUAUUGAUGCUUUUAUAUUAUAUAUAUUAUAUACAUGUAUUAAUUUAG